AUGUCCUUCAAGGAGCAGGCUGGGUGCAACAUUGCUGCAUUGGUGCAAAGGACAGUGUGGAGUGUGGAGGGCUUUUGCGCGAGGAUGACCAAGAAGGUGGACGAAGAGAUCAUGCAGAAGUUGGGGACCCAGCAGAAACUCACCCCAGAAGCGACCCACCGAGUGCAAGUGAAGCUUGGCCUUGCGAAAGGAUUGGCCUUGGACAAAGGCAUCAGUGAAGACCCAGGGCUUGGUGUGCCGAAGGACAUGCAACGGGCACAAGUCUCUGGAAUGAAGCUUAAUGGCAGCCCACACGUGGGGACCAAGCUAGGCCGCUUGGCCUCGGUGCUGGCCAAGGAGCUGCUCAACGGCCAGCACGUGGUGUGCGUCCGCGCGGAGGACAUCAACAUCUCGGGGUCGCUGUACCGCAACAAGCUGAAGUAUGCCAACUUCAGGAGGAAGCACAUGAACUCCAACCCCAAGCAGGGUCCGCUCCACUACCGCUCCCCCUCCAAGAUCCUCUGGCGCACCAUCCGCGGCAUGGUGCCCCAUAAGACCGCGCGCGGCAGUGCGGCCCUUGACAGGCUGAAGACCUUCGAGGGCAUCCCCCACCCUUACGACCGCAAGAAGCGCAUGGUGGUGCCCAGCUGCCUCAAGGUCUUGCGCCUCCGCCCGGAGCGCCGCUUCUGCCGCCUGGGCGACCUAUCCCAACAGGCGCGAGAACGGUCGGCAGAGGCUCAGGGGACUGGUGAGUUUUCAAGCGCCAUGCCGGCGGAUUUAGAGAAUCACCUUGAAACAUAUGAUUUUUGGAUCUAUGAGGAAUGGGCGCGCUGUUUUGGUAAGUUGUUUGCCGUUGCUUCUUUGCCUGUUAGUGUGUUGCUUGUUGCUUGUUCGCUGUGUAUUUGA